UAUAUUGGGGAAGAGAGAGAAAGGAAACUUAUCCAUUGAAAGAUCUAUAAAAGCAGAUCACACCUCCUCAAGCAGAGUUAGCAUGGGCAGGCUACAGAUAUAGGGUUCAGAGAGAGGGUUAGAGAAUUCAUUGUAUCUGUGAGGAAGAACAGCGUUUAUACGUGUAAAAUAUAUGAUCUCAAUCUCUAUUUAUCUCUGUAAAGUGGAGAAUUGAAAGCACAGACGCAACAAUCGAUUGGUGUGUGAUUCUGCAAUGGCCGCAUCGAGGAGCUAUUUCCCGAGGGCUAACUACCGGUUCCUGUCGACUGACCGCGACGCGCCGAUCGGCGGCGACUCCGUGUUUGAACUUGAGGAGUCGGACGUGUGGAGCGCGGCUCACUCUGUUUCUCCGGAGCGGCGGAAGGCGAUUCCGAGUUCUCGCGUGAGGAAACCGUCGGCCGUGAGCGGCACGCGCGUGGUCGGAGCGGCGCCGGGGUCGUUGCCGGUGAACGUGCCGGACUGGUCGAAGAUACUGAAGGACGAGUACAGGGAGAACCGGCGGAGAGACUGCGACGAUGAUUUCGACGACGAGGAGGACGGCGACGGCGGCGAUCGGGUCCCGCCGCACGAGUUCGUUGCGCAGCAGUUAGCCAGGACUCGAAUCGCCUCCUUCUCGGUGCACGAAGGCAUCGGGCGCACCCUCAAAGGCAGAGACCUGAGUAGAGUCCGCAACGCGAUUUGGAAGAAAACCGGUUUCGAAGACUAACCUAACUACAACGGAGGCGAGGAUUUUUCCUUUUUCUUUUCCCCUUUUUUUUUCUUCGUUUUCAAAUUUUCCGCUUCCAUAUUUCCGGAUUUUGUUUUUUUUUUUUAUAUUUAUUUUCGGAAGUGAACUGCCUAGCGGAAACGGAUUACACGCUUGUAAUCGUAACGUUAAGGAGAUAAAAUUUAAGAAAAAGAAAUUAGUUCCAUUAUCAUUA